AUGCCCCGCCUCUCCGCCGUCGAAGGCGACGACGCGUCGCCCCUCUACCGUCGCGCACCCCCGCUCGCCUCCAAACUCGAGCACGUCGAGGCGCCCGUCGACCCGACGAGCUCGCCCUUCAAGCACGCCGCGCUCGCCGACUUCGACGAGGCGCUCGCGUCCUUCGCCAGCUCCGAGAUGUUCCGCAUGUGCGACGUGGGAGACCCGUGGACCACGAACGGGCUGGAGCUCAGCGCAUCGAGCGGGCAGACGCGCGAGGACGCAGCCUUCGCGCACGCGAUGGGAGGAGGAGGAGGUGGAGGAGGAGGAGGUGGAGGAGGAGGAGGAGGAGGAGGAGGAGGCGGGGCCGGGGGCGGGGGCGGAGCCGGCGACGACCCGCUCGUCGCGCUCGCGUCCCGUCAUCGGUACGGCCACGCGAACGUCCUCGUCCCCGACGGAAACCCGUGGUGGAGCGAUCCGCUGGAGAGGAACGUCGCCGCCCCGAACGCGGGUCCGACACAUCCCGGGCUCUUCGCCCUCACCCCCGCGCAGAGACACGCGCUUCGGGAACCCAGAGACGACGCGUUCGAUCCCCCCGCGCCGGCGCCGCAACGGAAGCGCAGGGACGUCGCGAAGCGCAAGCGCGAUGGGAUUUCCCGACAGGGGUUCGGCGACACCCCGAAGCGCGGAACUCGUACCACGAGCAAGUACCGCGGCGUGACGCAUCACUGCAGGACGGGCCGGUGGGAGGCGCACAUCUGGGAGGACGGCAAGCAGGUGUACCUGGGCGGCUUCGACUCCGAGCAGCAGGCGGCGCUCGCGUACGACGUCGCCGCGAUCAAGUGCCGCGGCGAGGAGGCCAGCACGAACUUCGACAUGAACGACUACGCCCAGGAGCUCGCCGCGCUGAACUCCGUGGGGAAGGAGGAGCUCGUGCUGUCGCUCCGGCGGCAGAGCAAAGGGUUCGUGAAGGGCAGCUCGAAGUUCCGGGGGGUGACCAGGCACCAAAAAGGUCGGUGGGAGGCGCGGAUCGGGCAGCUCGUGGGACGUAAGUACCGGUACCUCGGGCUGUACGACCAAGCGGAGGAGGCUGCGGUGGCGUACGACACGGAGGCUGUCCGACAGAAGGGUUUCGACGCGGUGACCAACUUUGACCUCUCCGAGUACGCCGACGUCCUCGCGGAGCACCACGCGUUGAGACGCGCGCGACGCACGCUCUCCCACCCGAUACCCGAACCCGAUGAUCCCAACGCACCGGCGAGCUUGCCCGCGGCGUCCAUCAAGCAGCGGCUCAAGGCUGCGAGCGAGUCGAGUUUCGGGGGCAUGCGCGAGGGUCCCGCCGCGGAGAGGGAGCCGCGGGGGGAGGCCAUCGACGCGGUUCGCGCGUUCUUCAGGGACGCGGGCGUCGAGAAGGCGCUCACGCCGAUGGAUCCCAUCAGGGAGAUGGCGACGAACGCCGGGAACGCGGCGGCGGCGGUCGCGGCGGCGCGGGAGAGGAAUGCGAGGACGACGUGGGCUCCCAUGAACGACAAGGGAACUCUUCUGGACGACGAAGGCGACCUCGAGGAGGAGGACGUCGGGGGCGGGGGCAAGACCACGAUCCAGGCGCUCCGCGCGAUGGUGAGGGAGGCGAGGACGCAGCUGGCAUCGACACAGAGACAGCUGGAGGUUGCGAUGAUCGGGACGGACGACGGAAUGGGAACGGGGGACCGGGACGUUGACGAGGGGAAAAAUUAG